AUGGGCAACUGUUGCUCUCAGGGGCCCGCCGAUGCUCCGGAAGCGGCCGGGAAUGCCGCUGUGGACGACAAGGAAGAGACAAACCAACAAGGUAGCAACCAUGACAACAACAAUGAUAACGAUGAGCCUUCAACAAACCCCACUACCCCACCAUCAACCUCAAAGCCACCGUCCUUGAAAUCACCACCCUCCACGAAACCCUCAAAACCGGCCGCCAUUGGCCCUGUCCUCGGCCGGCCAAUGGAGGACGUGAGAGCGACGUACACCAUUGGGAAAGAGCUCGGAAGAGGCCAAUUCGGUGUAACACAUUUGUGCACACACAAAGCAACUGGUCAACAAUUUGCAUGCAAAACUAUUGCAAAGAGGAAGCUUGUGAACAAGGAGGACAUAGAAGAUGUGAGAAGAGAGGUACAAAUCAUGCACCACUUAACGGGUCAACCUAACAUUGUGGAACUUAAAGGUGCAUAUGAGGAUAAACAAACGGUGUAUUUGGUCAUGGAAUUGUGUGCGGGUGGUGAACUUUUUGAUCGUAUCAUUGCUAAGGGACAUUACACUGAGCGUGCUGCGGCUUCAUUGUUGAGAACCAUUGUGCAAAUAGUUUACACUUUUCAUGGAAUGGGGGUCAUUCAUAGAGAUCUUAAGCCCGAGAAUUUCCUCUUGUUGAAUAAGGAUGAAAAUGCACCCCUCAAGGCCACCGAUUUUGGUCUAUCCGUUUUUUAUAAAGAAGGAGAGACGUUCAAAGACAUUGUUGGUAGUGCAUAUUACAUUGCUCCUGAGGUCUUGAAGAGGAAAUAUGGGCCAGAAGUAGACAUAUGGAGUGUUGGUGUCAUGCUAUACAUUCUUCUUUGUGGUGCCCCUCCAUUUUGGGCAGAAUCUGAACAUGGUAUCUUCAAUGCCAUCCUAAAAGGCCACAUAGACUUUACAAGCGAUCCGUGGCCUUCAAUUUCACCUGCAGCAAAAGAUCUUGUAAGGAACAUGUUGAAUUCAGACCCCAAACAAAGACUUACAGCACAGGAAGUUUUAAAUCAUCCAUGGAUCAAGGAGGAUGGAGAAGCACCAGAUAAACCACUUGACAAUGCUGUAUUGAAUAGGCUCAAACAAUUCAGAGCAAUGAACCAAUUCAAGAAAGUUGCUCUAAGGGUUAUUGCUGGAUGUCUAUCGGAAGAAGAAAUCAUGGGGUUGAAGGAAAUGUUUAGGGGGAUGGACACUGACAACAGUGGAACCAUUACAAUUGAAGAGCUCAAGCAAGGUCUUGCAAAGCAAGGAACAAAGCUAACAGAACAAGAAGUUAAGCAAUUAAUGGAAGCUGCUGAUGCUGAUGGCAAUGGAACCAUAGAUUAUGACGAAUUCAUCACAGCAACAAUGCACAUGAACCGAAUGAACAGAGAAGAACAUCUUUACACUGCCUUCCAAUACUUUGAUAAAGAUAACAGCGGGUUCAUUACCACUGAAGAACUAGAACAAGCUCUCCGUGAAUAUAACAUGCAUGAUGGCAGGGACAUCAAGGAAAUCCUUCAAGAAGUUGAUGGAGAUAAUGAUGGGCGCAUUAACUAUGAUGAGUUUGCGGCAAUGAUGAGAAAAGGAAACCCUGAAGCUAUGACUAAGAAGAGGCGUGAUUCAUUGCCAUUGGUUUAG